AUGCGCCCACGGCCUGCGUCUUCCAUGCAGAAGACGUAUGAUGAGUGCUAUCUACUGUGCUCCACAGCCGUCUAUUUCGAGGGCCAGAACAACGAAGAGGAAGCAUUGAGAUCCUGGAGAUCCGCCCUCGAAACCAUCUAUCACCACAAUGCCCGCCGAGUAUCCUCAACCUACACCCCGAAAUCCGAAACAGAGAAAGCAUUGCAAGAUUCCAUUCGGGCUUUAGAGACCCAAUGCCGCGAGCGAGUCGAUCUGCUGUCAGCACUGCGUGAAAGUCGGAAAGAGACAGCCGAAGCGAAGGCGAAUGGUGAAAAGACCACUGGACAUCUGUCAAAGGGUAAAAGCGCUUCGAAUACACAUCAACCGCCUACUGGCAUUACACAUACGCCAGGUUGGAUUGGCGGUGGGACUAUUCCGGCGGUGGGAUAUACGGAUCUUUCUAAACCGGCUGCUAUUCCUGGACGUCCUCUUGCACCGCUGAGGUAUCAUUCUGAGACUCUAUCUGUGAACGACGAUUCCAAUCACCACACCGGUCUUUCCCCAGCCGAUUCACCCGCCGUACGAAUGAAUUCCAAUUCAUCGGAAAAGACGAAGUCGCGUGGCUCCAGUCCUGAACGACGGAAGCCGAUGCUGACAACCCUGCGCAACACGGAUGGUAAGAAGAAUGGCAAGAAGGCCAAGGUAACUACCAAGAAGAAAGAGUCACGACCAGCUGCCUCUAAAGCAGCUGGAAUGGCAUGGGGCAGUACUUUGCGGUCCGGAUCAGGCGAGAAGGCCGUCGCCGAUGCAGCUGCCAUCGCUUCAUCACGAAGUGCAGCCAAUGCCGAGCCAAGAACUAGCUCUGGAGAUGAACCAUUAGCAGCGAGGCAUCAUGUCUUGCGGAAGAACUCCGCUGCAGACCGUAUCCCGGCUGCGCAUUGGCGGGAGCCUCAGCAGUCAUCACCGGUUCGGUCAUCACCACGCCCUGUGCGGCAACCCGUGGCUCCUGAAAGGCGACGGCCUGAUCCGUCUAGAGUCGCGGUUAUGCCGGAUCCGAAUGAUUACACCUCAUCUUCUCCUAAGCCAUCUGUUAAACCUAAACCCGAAGGUUUGAGAUCUACACUUCAGCCCCCACCCCGGAUGACGCCAGUCACCAGAUCCGAGGGUAACUCUCGUCCCGCAACACCUCGACAAGAUCGAGAUACAAAUAUGUCUAGGAGUACACCGCGAACAAACUCGGCACCACGGAUUAUAAAACCUGGGGUGUCAGCUUAUGUGUCACCGUCGUCAGGGAGUGAUGAUGUACAACGUGGUAUGGGCCGAAUGAACAUUUCACCGGCAAAUGGUAGCAGUGCCACACGCCGGAAGCCACCGCCUGUUAAACGACGACAGACUCCACCAUCUAGUGACCAAGAGUCAAUAGGAAGACAUUCGACAGAUGAUGAAGCAGAAGACGAACAUGAAGAGGAAGAUAACACUGAUAUCUUGAAGAUCUUGAACAAGUUGCCUAAGGGCGUGGAUCUACAGUCAGCGCGCCAGAUCCUAAAUGAUAUCGUCGUACGCGGCGAUGAGGUACAUUGGGAUGAUAUCGCUGGAUUAGAGGGCGCAAAGAAAGCCCUCAAAGAAGCAGUAGUCUAUCCAUUCCUCCGACCUGACCUUUUCUCUGGACUGCGCGAGCCCGCACGUGGCAUGUUACUCUUCGGACCACCAGGAACAGGCAAAACAAUGCUUGCACGAGCAGUCGCAACAGAAUCAAAGUCGACAUUCUUCUCUGUAUCAUCAUCAACCCUCACCUCAAAAUGGCACGGUGAGAGCGAAAAGCUCGUACGUGCCUUAUUCGGCUUGGCAAAGGUUCUCGCUCCAUCAAUCAUCUUUGUUGACGAGAUUGACUCCCUGCUCUCAGCACGAUCAUCGGGCUCUGAGCAUGAAGCAUCCCGUCGAUCUAAAACAGAGUUCUUGAUCCAGUGGUCUGAUCUGCAACGUGCAGCUGCAGGCCGUGAACCAUCUGCCCGAGACAAGAAAGAGGGAGACGCCACUCGUGUCCUCGUCUUAGCUGCAACGAAUAUGCCAUGGGAUAUCGACGAGGCUGCCCGUCGUCGCUUUGUCCGUCGACAGUAUAUCCCUUUACCAGAACACCAUGUUCGUGAACAACAGCUACGCAGGCUUCUCAGUCAUCAGCACCACGAGAUGAGUGAUUCAGAUACGCAGGUCCUAGUUCAAGUAACAGAUGGUUUCUCCGGCUCAGACAUAACAGCUCUCGCUAAAGAUGCAGCCAUGGGUCCCCUCCGCAACCUCGGUGAAGCUCUCCUCCACACACCCAUGGAUCAAAUCCGACCUAUAAAGUUCCAAGAUUUCGAAUCAAGUCUUUACUCAAUUAGACCGAGUGUUUCCUCAGACGGACUUCGCAAAUACGAAGAGUGGGCUAAAGAAUUCGGCGAAAGAGGUGGCUAA